UGCCCGGCGGGCGCGCCCUGGCCUGGGAGGCCCUGCCGCCUGCGGUCCCGCCGCCCGCCUCGCACUGAGCCGAGUCCGCACGGCUGCAGCAUGAGCCGCCCCGCAGACAGCCCGAUUUUUACGCCCGGAGAAGACUGCGGCGCUGCGUGGCGCGCGGCGCCGGCGGCCUACGACCCGGCGGACACGCACCUGCGCAUCCUGGGCAAGCCGGUGAUGGAGCGCUGGGAGACCCCGUACAUGCACGCGCUGGCGGCCGCCGCCACCUCCAGAGGAGGCCGGGUCCUGGAGGUGGGCUUCGGCAUGGCCAUCGCGGCCUCAAAGGUGCAGGAGGCUCCCAUCGAUGAGCACUGGAUCAUCGAGUGCAAUGAUGGCGUCUUCCAGCGACUCCAGGACUGGGCCCCGCGGCAGCCACACAAGGUUGUCCCCUUGAAAGGCCUGUGGGAAGAGGUGGCGCCCACACUGCCAGACAGUCACUUUGACGGGAUCCUGUAUGACACGUACCCGCUGUCAGAGGAGACUUGGCACACGCACCAGUUCACCUUCAUCAGGGACCACGCCUUCCGCCUGCUGAAGCCUGGAGGAGUGCUCACCUACUGCAACCUCACCUCCUGGGGGGAGCUGAUGAAGGCCCAGUACUCAGACAUCACCACCAUGUUCCAGGAGACACAGGUGCCUGCGCUGCAGGAGGCGGGCUUCUGCAGGGAGGACAUCCGCACGGAGGUGAUGGCUCUGGUCCCGCCAGCCGACUGCCGCUACUACACCUUCCCGCAGAUGAUCAUACCCCUGGUCACCAAGCACUGAGCCACCUGCCUCCAGAUCUGCACACACUCAGUGCCUUUGUGGGCCACGGCCCACCUACUAGGCCUCUGUGCCCCACCUGGUGCCUCUGCUGGGCCUGAUCCAGCAGUGGUCACAGCUUUUCUGAUACUUUCAGGUAACCUGCUGGGCUGAGAGUGAAAUAAAGGCGGCCACUGGGCCUGGCCAGUGGGCA